AGCCACAUACAUAUAACCCAACAACUUUAUGACAUGGACUCUGGAGAGCCACUUAUAUGAUAAAAAGUGGUCUUACCCCUGGAUGUAUAUCUCAUACCACAUGCAUACAUUAGGAGCACUUCCCAAUUAUUGUUGAAUUUUUUGCUCAUGUAAGCUCUUGUAGUACCUCUCUGCCGAAACUGACCCCACUUUUCUGGUCAUCAUUUUCUAUAAAUUCACCCCAAUUCCAACACAACCUUCCAAGUUCUAAUAUCAUCUCUGACUCUGAAUAAACCUUACAACCACACCCAUAAAGAAUAAUCUUGAAAAUUAGUUCCAAACUUCCAACCAUGGUCCCUAGUGAGAUAAGAGGAGUCCACUUUCUAGCACCUGAAAACCCAUUCCUAGUUCCACCAAACUUUGGCCUUCUGCAAAGUGACAUUCCAAACAUCCACAUGAACACCCUCCUAAGCAACUUUCCAAACUGCCACUUCCCUCCUUCGGGCUCUUGCAUCAGCAGCAACUCAACCUCUGAUGAAGCUGAUGAAAUCCACUUUAACAUCAUCGACGAAAGGAAACACAGGAGAAUGAUAUCCAACCGAGAAUCCGCCCGCAGAUCAAGGAUGAGGAAACAAAAACACUUGGAUGAACUUUGGUCGCAGGUUGUUCGGCUCAGAACUGAGAACCACAAUUUGAUUGACAAACUUAACCAUAUGUCCGAGUCCCAUGACAGAGUCCUCCAAGAGAACACACGCCUCAAGGAAGAAGCUUCUGAUCUCCGCCAAAUGCUAGCAGACAUGCAAAUCGGAACCUCCUUUGCUUGCUCCAUCGAACAAUUCCACGACCUUCCUUGCAACAAACCUGAUCCUUCAAACCAAUCGAUCACUCCUGCAGACAUGAUUCAUGAAUGAGGCUAUUCUCCACUAUUUAUACACAACCAUAGUACUUACUCUCUAUAUAUGUGCCUUCUUUUUUUACUUUAGAUUUCUAUGAUCUUUGGCGCUCCAUCGGAGAUGUAUGAGUUUAGAAGCAUAUCAUAUGUAUCAAUUAU